AUGUCGGAUAUUGUCUUUGUGUGUCCCGGAACUUGCCAGGGAGCUGCCGCUUCGGAAAGAAAGUGCGUUGCGACUGGCUGCAGCAUGCGCGACCAACUGCUUCAGCCAGUGAAAGCGGUAUUUGAAUGUCCGUCCUGCAAUGGCCGAUCCGCAAGUCCGGGACGCUGUUCUUCUAGGUCGUGCCAGAGAGCGUUCUUGGAGUGUCACGCGGCGGUGCCUCCAUCACUUCAAAUCUCAAUUUUGGAUCCCCCUGAAGAACAACGCUUCUAUUCCUCUGUGUGGGACCACGACAGAUUUGGUACUGGGCAUGCCCGAUCCAGGCUGGAAUCCAUGCAGGGAUGGUCUGCUUUGGUGAACGAUGACAAGCAAUGGUUGAUAAUGGAUGCAGGCAAGGUGGUGGAUUCCAUUGGUGGAAUUGUAAUGACCAAUCGCAAAGAUGGUUGUUUUGGACAAUUGUGCAAAAAAGUUGAGGUUGAUGUCAGAGCAAAUGAAACAGAAGACUGGAAGAAAGUCAUGGAGGAUCGAGAAACUGCCAUGACUGUCGAUUGCAACAUUGCAUGGCUGCAAUUUCACCAGCCCGUCUCGUCUCGCUUUGUGAGAGUGCGAGUCUUGCGCUGGGAAGAACACAUUUCCAUGAGGUGUGCUCUGAUUCUUCAUGGCAAGGCGUCCAGAGACUUAAUUGAGACUAAGGAUAUUGAGUAUAGGGUAGUACCAGAUCCCAACCAACAUCCACUCAAGGUUGCCAUGAAUUUUGUUCCAGGAGGACAACCCCAUCCACCCAUGCCUCCGCGCGUCUUUGGCGUGGCGAUUUUGCCGAAGGAACGUUGCCGCUGGGCGGGUCGGCAGACAGAUUGGACGGUGCUCGAGUUCAAUGGUACUGAAGUGACGGAUCCAGAUGCUCGCGUCUUCACGGCGCUUCCAGGUCAGCGCUGUUCGAUCCGAGUCCAAUAUCAUGCUUGGUGGAACUACAAUGGAGAUGACUAUUGUCCUGGAUGCGUUGUACAACUCUACUAUGGCAUGGCCAACACUUUUUGCACUGGCGUUGUGCAACGUGGCAUCGGUGACCACCACGGAGAGAGUCAGACAGAGUUUGUGGUUCCCGCAGAACCUGGAAUCUACUAUAUUACCCAAUCCAUCAGCCUCAUGUACAACUAUGUGGACAACCUCCACGCCCAUCAAAACACACCCGGAAACGCAUUCGCUGUUGUUCGGGUCCUGCCGACUGCGUUCACUCCUCAGGUCUUCCCGGUCCUUUCUCGCCAGACACAGCAUCAGUUCCUGUCUCUGCUGGCGUUUUCCAAUCGAGAAGACAAUGUCUUUUCCUCUCUGGAUGCAAACUGUCUCUUUCAUAUCUUUUCUUUUUUGUUGGGUCAAGACGAAAACAGGGUGGGCUCUGUGCGGAAUCUUCCGAGUGCUUGCGGUUCCUUUGCUACCACUGCUGUCGCAAGACGCCUCCCAUGCUGCGCAGACUGCGAGAAGAAGGGCUCCGAUUGCAAGAAGAAAAGAAAGUGCAAGAAGAAAAGGAAAUCUGACAAAUCUGACCACAAGUGGUGGAAGUUUUGGUGAGCUUCCCUUUGCCGUAUGUGGGAUACGUGUGCUGGGCGGAAGUGGGGGGGCGAAGUCUCGGCACAACUUUGUGAUAC